UUUCAAACCAUUCUUGGAAGAAGCUCAACUUUCUUUGGAAUUGCCAAUUCUAAUAGGUAUUGCAGACAUGAAUUGUCACAAGAAUUUGUGCAUUCUGUUUUUGGCUACUAUGCUAGUAUUUGGCAAUGAAGUUCUCGCCUCUCGCCUCCUUGUAGACUUGCCUGAGGUUCCUGAGUUUCCCGAGCCAGAACCGCUGCCUCUUCCUACAGUUCCAAGCUUGCCUAAACUUGAAUUACCACCACUACCUAAGGUUAAACUUCUGCCGUUUCCUCACGUCCCAACCCUGCUGAAACCCGAGAUACCAACUUUGCCUAAACCCGAGCUACCAACUUUGCCUCAUGUUGUAAAGCCUGAACUGCCUACUUUGCCAAAGCUGGAGGUGCCAAAAUUGCCCGAAUUGCCAUCUCUGCCCUAUCUCCCAGAGUUGCCAAAGCCCACAUUGCCUACCAUCCCAAGCCUUCCCAAGGAUAUACCCCAUUCAACUUCUAACCCUUGAGUUCCCAUGUUGAGCAUUUUAAAUUACGUCUUCCUAAAUCUAGUAUAUGGGGAUACGCCCGAGUGAUUUGUGCAUGGAUUUGGUUCAAGUAGUCCCCCCAAUUAUGUUUUCUUCAUGUUUGUCGAAUUGCUUUGUGUUGUCAUGUAUUUGUAAUAGAGGUUCCUAUUCCCCUUCAUAAAGGGAUAUGUAAUAUCUGUUCUAUUUGAAUUUUA